AUGAAACAACACGUACCUGGUGUCAGUGUCCUCUUCCGGGUACUUGUCCACUACAUUGACAAUAUCCAGACAUACCAGCCCGAUGCACAGUAUCUUUUUGUCACCCAUGUUCCCUGCGUGAAAUAACGCGUCUUUGAACUUCGGAUACAAUGUUGCUCAUAUCACACUUGUGUGGUCUUUGAACCCCAGUGAGCUGAUCAUCAAUAGGGCGAAAACGAGCACCGUCCGGCUCUGCGUUGCUGAGCGUGUGCGCCUGCGCCGCUUGUCUUUCUCUUUAAGGAAACAUAUUUUUUCCCCUUUGAAAGUUCCCGAGUGUGACCGAAAGAUGGUGCUGUUGAAAGUGCACCUUUCAUCAUAGAGUAGCCCACUGGCUUUCUAGGAGUUCAUUGCGUUCUCCCAAUAGUUAAUUGCAUUCACCGCGUGUCCCAGCUCUAGAUCAUUCCCUGAUUAGAGGGCUAGAACUAAAACCAGCAAUACUCCGGGUCUCCAGUAUCGGAGUUGAGAACCACUGAGCAAGCUACAUUAUAUCAGAAAUGAUUUGAUUAUGGCACAUGUGUCAAACUCAUUCCAUGGAGGGCCGAGUGUCUGCGGGUUUUCGCUCCUCCCUUGUACUUGAUUGAUUAAUUAAGGUCACUAAUUAGUAAAGAACUCCCCUCACCUGAUUGUCUAGGUCUUAAUUUAAAGGAAAAACCAAAAACCUGCAGACACUAGGCCCUCCAUGGAAUGAGUUUGACACCCCUGGAUUAUGGUGUGAGUGAAGUUUUGGAAAUGUGCACUUGCUUAUUUAUUUGCGCACCUUUUUUUUUAAAUUGACAAAUAGGUCAGAGUGACAUGACAUGAAAGCCUACAUAUACUAUUUAUCCUGUGUUACAUUGAAAUCAUGGCUUACAAUAGUAGUAUUAUAUUCCUGGCCUGUGGCGUUUAGAAUGCAGACCUGUUCUACAAGCUCAGAAUGUGAUCUCACAGUGCGCGGUUGCUCCGGUGACCAGAAAACCCCCAGAGUCAGAGUUUCUGCUUCGAAACAAUGUGUCCUGUCACUAGUGAUUUGUUAUGAAGUUAGGUACCGUGGUCAACAGCGCAGAGUCACCAUGUUGCUGAAUAGAAUGGUGGUAUUUGGACUCUUUUGUUUGGGGACACUGUAGAGAGGCAGUGAUUCGAAGGCACUGAAUUUGGCAGGGUAAGUUAUGGGGCCUGAAGAAAUGCUAUCUGUUUGCACAAUAUUUUCGAGAUAGGCCGAAAAUAUUGUCGGUAUCUCAGAUUGUUCUGGCAAUUCUCACAUAGAAACGACAUUGGGAGGAAGGAUGUUUGAAAUGCUUUUUUACAUUUGUAUCCAAAACAAUGUUUUUUAAAAUCAUGAUGAAAGUGGCAAUUCUAUGCCCUUUUUAAACCUAUACAUGCCUAGUGUAGCAUGUAUAGUUCCAAAAAGACCCUAUGAUACAGACAUCUUGGUGUCAUUAUACUCCUCAUAGUGUGCUCUAAAAUAUGCAGUGUCUUGAUUUUUUUUAAACAUUAAAAAUAUGAAUAUCUAAAGUACCCUUUUUUGAUUUAGCUUAUUGUUAGAAGUAAUGUUUGGAACAUUAUAUUCUUCAAAUACAUCACAUUUCCAGAGUGGGCUGCCUGGUACUUUUGGAGAUAUGACCCAUUUUCUAACAUAUAAAUUGACAUUAUAGGUCACUAACCAAUCACAGCAGUCUUUUACAAUCGCACAUUCAGUAAAUCACCAGCAGAGGGAGUUCUCUUUGAAUCCAUUUUCCCAUUCACUGUGUUGGAGUUGCUCAUUAAGUGUAUCAUAACUUAAAAAUUAGCAGAGAGCCUACUCUGGAAAUGUGAUGUAAUUGUAGAGCGGUGGUCAUCAACCUGGCGAUCGACUGGUCGAUCUCCAAGGCAUUCCUAGUCGAUCACCAAACGUUUCUGUAAAAAAAACACAACAAUAUAAAGCAUCGCGUGCCUAUUUUUUGUUUGUUUGUUUCGCAUUGUUGGUGGUAAGUGCACUUGAUUCAGCAGCCCUAGCGCCGGGAAGGCAAGGUGUUCCCUUCUUGAACAAUUUCAUGUGUCUGAAGGUAGAACUCCGCCUACCCAGAAGGCCCAGAGAGCAAAUCAAGUGCACCUAUAGGCCUACCGCAGGCCAAUCAGAUAGCUCCGAUCACCAUGUCUUCCCAGUUUCCUCGAGCCAAAGAUUGUAAAAAAGAAGCCUUGAACGCACAGAAAAGUCGAUACUGUGAGAUUUCAAAAAUUCUAAAACCAUGACUAGUGAGAGACUCAACAAAUACGGCAAAGACCUGCUGUUUUUAUGAGUGAGUUCAUGUUUAAGUUGUUAUUCAGCACUGUCAACACUUUGUUCAACACUUUUAUACCAUAACAUUUGCGUUCUCGCUAGUUCCACUCACGCUACAACCAGCACUGCAGCUGCACCUAAUGAGUGUUGCAAAGUGUUCCGAUAAGCUUGCGUUGUUAUAUAUUAGCGUCUUGUGUCCUUUUUAAUAUCAAGGAAUAUUUCACUUUCUCUGGUCACAGGAGUAACGACGUGAAUUGGCGCAUGAGGCCUUACAGGAUGGUUUGUGGCAAAAAGCAUUUCAAACAUUCUUCCCUCCCAAUGAAGUUUCUAUGUGAGAAUUGCAAGAACAAUCUGAGAUACCCAAAAUAAUUUCGGGCUAUCCCGGCGAGGAAUCGGCCAAAUAAAGAUUAACAGUAGAGUUACUUUUACUCUAGUAUUCGUGGAAAAUAAAAAUGUGAGAAAAAUCCAAUGUAACCCUUCCCUAUACCUCCUCCCUUACUCACCCUAUAUACACCCCCCUCUCCUCUCUUCUCCUCUCUCCCCUCCUCUCUCAUAUCUACACAGCACUCUCUUCUCCUCUCCCCUGCCCAUUCUCUCUCCGCCUCCUCUCCCUCCCCAGACUGCGACCAUGACCCAGAGUGGAGGUGUGAACGUGCGCAGCGCGGUGGCCGAGGAUCGUCUGGAGGUGCUGCAGGUGUACCGUCUGCUGCAGUGCGUACGCGAGGGAGACACGCCCCCGAUAGAGAAGAUGGUGCGUCUGGGCGUGCCCAACCUCAUCAACCUGACCGAGCCCAACGAGGGGAACGCCGCCAUGCACCUGGCCUCCGUGGCCAACGACACCGACAUGGUGCGCUUCCUGCUCUCACAGGUAGGCCCGGUGUCCAGUUACAUGGUGCGUUUCCUGCUCCCACAGGUAGGCCCGGUGUCCAGUUACAUGGUGCGCUUCCUGCUCCCACAGGUAGGCCCGGUGUCCAGUUACAUGGUGCGUUUCCUGCUCUCACAGGUAGGCCCGGUGUCCAGUUACAUGGUGCGUUUCCUGCUCCCACAGGUAGGCCCGGUGUCCAGUUACAUGGUGCGCUUCCUGCUCCCACAGGUAGGCCCGGUGUCCAGUCCACCAAUCGUCAGUAGCGUUAUCAAAACUGUCGCCUUCCUCUAAAACAGGGUUCGCUGUCACUUUAAAUCCUGAUACUAGUGCAGUUCCCCUAUUUGUGAUUACAGUACAACCUCUACCAAGAGGUCUGGACCUUUGUGGCGUAGGUGGGAGUGCAGUCAGACAGUCUCUGGUUCAAGCCCUACUCUAGCUCCUCCUGAUCCACCAAAUUGUUACAGUAUCAUCCUAAUCCUGCUUGAGCGGUUUAGACCAGGUUACUGUUAAGCACUUUUUCACAAAUGUAUUUGAUCAAACCACUAGCUCUAUUGAUAUUCCCCACCGUUCCUCCCAGGGUGCACACCCUAACGUCCAGGACAAGAAGGGGCGUACGCCCGUCAUUCUGGCAGCUCAGCUGGGCCACGACAACAUGGUCGCCCUGCUGGCCAAGAACCACGCCAACAUGGACGUGGUCGACACCGAGGGCAAAGGUAGGUAGGGAGAGGUUCUCUACCCUGCUCCCAGAUCUGUUUGUUCUGUCUUGCCGACUCCUAUGGUCAUUGUCUGUGACAGUGACCACAGCAUAGAAGUUAGCAAGACGGAACAAAUAGUUUAGAUGUGGGAGGAGGCUAAGGGACGUUGAAAAUGAUGGGCCAAACAUCACCAGAGCCAUAUAUUUAAAGAGUAGGUCCAACUUUUAGGUUGUCAAAUAUUGUUCUAAUUCUAGAAAUUCAGUUACAUAGCAUUGUUUAAAUAUUCCCCAUGUCAUUUUAAUGGGGCGCUAACAUGGCUGCCAUGUCAUUUUAAUGGGGCGCUAACAUGGCUGCCAUGUCAUUUUAAUGGGGCGCUAACAUGGCUGCCAUGUCAUUUUGUAGUGUCGUGUAAAUGCAUCAUAAUGCGGAAAACCUCAAUGUCCCAACUCUGUAAAUACAUGGCUCGGAACAACACCAACUGUGGAAGAGUUUUGUAAACUGGUGGACACUGAAUCUGGGAGUCUGGUUUGUAAGGGAACAGACAAGAUGUUUCUCUCCUGUGCUUCCCUCCAGACACACUGUUCUACUGCAUCUGUUGUAACCCCCAACCCUAACCCCCUAACCCUAACCCCCCCCUACCUCCUAACCCCCUAACCCUAGCAUCCUAACCCUAACCCCCCCCCCCCCUAACCCUAACCGACAAGAUGUUUCUCUCCUGUGCUUCCCUCCAGGCACACUGUUCCACUGCAUCUGUUGUAACCCCCAACCCUAACCCCCUAACCCUAACCCCCCCCUACCUCCUAACCCCCUAACCCUAGCAUCCUAACCCUAACCCCCCCCCCCCCCCUAACCCUAACCGACAAGACGUUUCUCUCCUGUGCUUCCCUCCAGGCACACUGUUCUACUGUAUCUCUCCCACCAAGCGUCACAUGCGCUGCCUGCAGGUGGCGCUCAACAGCAAGGCCAACGUCAACAACGUGUCCACAGCUGGGACGCCCAUCUUCCUGAUGGCCUGCGAGCGCGCCCACGACUGUGAGAACAUGUGCAUCAGCAUCCUGGAGAGAGGGGCCGACCCCAAUGCCACCAAUGAGGUAAUCACUAGACGACCGCGCUGGAAAGGACACAAUUGGCUAUGGCAUCAUCAGACAUCAAAUCACAUUUUAAUUUAUUUGUCACGUGCCGAAUACACUGUAAAUGAGUCGUUUGGUCUUGAUAAAAUGAAGAAUUUGCGGUUCAAAUUAUGAUUUGAAAGUACUUUACUUCAAUCCUUACUUGUAUGAUUCCAGAUAGUGACGACUGAGAUCUCAACUCUCUUCCUACUCCACCUUCAUUGCUUCAUCUCCUUUACUUUUUCAUGACCAUAUUAACAUUAGCCUGUUGCUGGUUCUCCUGUCCCCCCUCCAGGCGUCUGGUCGUUCGGCCCUGAUGGAGGCAGCCAGGGCGGGGGCAGUGGAGCUGGUCAGGGCCAUCCUCCAGAAAGGGGGGAACCCCAAUGCCGUGGACAAGAAGAGGAUGCACGCUGCCCACCUCGCUGCAGAGGGGGGCUUCUUUGAGGUACUAUAGAGGUGCUGGUUAACAAAAGGAUACCAUAGUAAUCAGGUUUAAAACCAAAAGGAUACCUUAGUAAUCAGGUUUAAAACCAAAAGGAUACCGUAGUAAUCAGGUUUAAAACCAAAAGGAUACCUUAGUAAUCAGGUUUAAUACCAAAAGGAUACCUUAGUAAUCAGGUUUAAUACCAAAAGGAUACCUUAGUAAUCAGGUUUAAAACCAAAAGGAUACCUUAGUAAUCAGGUUUAAUACCAAAAGGAUACCUUAGUAAUCAGGUUUAAAACCAAAAGGACUGAUGAUUGUAAUAUAAAACAUUUUAAUGUACUUUUUUUUUAAUUCAACAUAUAUACUGCUAUAAACUGUUAUAUGAAGUGUUCUGGCUACAUGAUGAACACAGGCUAGAAUAAUUUUUCAGAAAGGCCGUAUUUCAUAUUGCCCAAUUUAUUUUCAAAGCCUGGGGGAGAAAGAUACAUGUAUUGUUUGUAUAAUGUGACAAGGUGGUAGCUGUAGCGUUACACGGACCCUGUAGCGUUACACGGACCCUGUAGCGUUACACGGACCCCGUAGCGUUACACGGACCCUGUAGCGUUACACGGACCCUGUAGCGUUACACGGACCCUGUAGCGUUACACGGACCCUGUAGCGUUACACGGACCCUGUAGCGUUACACGGACCCCGUAGCGUUACACGGACCCCGUAGCGUUACACGGACCCCGUAGCGUUACACGGACCCCGUAGCGUUACACGGACCCUGUAGCGUUACACGGACCCUGUAGCGUUACACGGACCCCGUAGCGUUACACGGACCCCGUAGCGUUACACGGACCCCGUAGCGUUACACGGACCCUGUAGCGUUACAUGGACCCUGUAGCGUUACACGGACCCUGUAGCGUUACACGGACCCCGUAGCGUUACACGGACCCUGUAGCGUUACACGGACCCCGUAGCGUUACACGGACCCCGUAGCGUUACACGGACCCCGUAGCGUUACACGGACCCCGUAGCGUUUAACGGACCCCGUAGCGUUACACGGACCCUUAAAGAAAGAGUGUCUUGUAAGCCCAUAUGGGCUGGGCACCAAAAAUGAAUAGGGUUGCAAAGGGAGGGUUUAUUACUGGAAACUUUCUAAGUUUACCAGUAAACUAUCAGAAUUUUGGUAACUUUCAAGUUUUUUGGAGGGGUACAUCAGAUUAUCACAGGUGUCCGUAAUUAUAUCUUGCCCUCUGCGUGGCCUUAUCACAUGUAAAAUAUAUAAAAUAAUCGAAUAAGAUGAUUAAAAAAAAAAAUGUGAAUGACAAAGCUGUAAAACAUUAUCCAAAAUAUAAACCAUCAACUUAGUGAAUAUCGUUGGUGUUUAAUAUGAGGGUUUCAGCAUGAAAUAUCCUUUAUAUAUAUAUAUUUUUUUUUUACAAUCUUUUAUUUAUUUUACUAUGUCAAUAUUUCUUUGUUGUAAAUAUUUUGGCGGCAAACUGGUGGCAGUAUUUGGAAGAGUUGCAAAGUUAAUUGAAAAUAAUUCCAUUGUUGAUUUAGAUGCUUUCUUUCAUUAAUUAGGCUAUUUUCCAUCCACUAGAAACUCAUGGGCAAUAUGGACACAGACAUACAAAAAUAUAUUAAUAUACUAAUACAUUUUUAAAAAAGUUAUUCAAGUAUAAAUUACCAACGUUACUAUACAUUGCCAGAGAUUACCUGUUAAUUACCUUAACUUUGGUAAAUUACUGCUACCUUUGCAACCCUAAAAAUAAAUCAAAUAAAAAUGUAUAGACUAGGUCUAAUUCUGUUUUCCCUUUCAGGUGAUAGUGGUGCUGUCUGCUUACUCUGCAGACUUGAGUGUGACUGCCACGGAUGGGAACACCCCCUUGCACUUGGCUGCAGCCGCAGGGUUCACUGACUGCUGCAGGUUCCUGGCUCAGAGAGGUGGGGCACCUGACUGACUGGGCAGAGAGCCCACGGGUUGUGCAGGCUUUGGUUCCAGCCCAGCACACUGAAAUCAAUAAGUCGGUCAACUGCUCAUGAAGACAUCGAUUGGCAGAAUCGGGUGAUUUAGUGCUGGGACGGAACAAAAGCCUGCACACCCUGUAUCUCUCUAGGACCAGGGGUGUUGAUCUCCGAUGUUGACCUCUCUUUCAUCCACAGAAGAUUAGAAAAUCUCUAACCCCAGGGUCAUAUACAGUUGAAGUCGGAAGUUUACAUACACCUUAGCCAAAUACAGUUAAACUCAGUUUUUCACAGUUUUUCACAAUUCCUGACAUUUAAUCCUAGUCAAAAUUCCCUGUCUUAGGUCAGUUAGGAUCACCACUUCAUUUUAAGAAUGUCAAAUGUCAGAAUAAUAGUAGAGAGAAUUAUUUAUUUCAGCUUUUAUUUCUUUCAUCACAUUCCCAGUGGGUCAGAAGUUUACAUACACUAUUUUUUGUAGCAUUACCUUUAAAUUGUUUAACUUGGGUCAAACAUUUCGGGUAGCCUUCUACAAGCUUCCCACAAUAAAUUGGGUGAAUUUUGGUGUAACUGAGUCGUUGUCCAUUCGGAAGACCCAUUUGCGACUAUUCUUUAACUUCCUGACUGAUGUUGAGAUGUUGCUUCAAUAUAUCCACAUCUAUUUUGUGAAGUGCACCAGCCCCUCCUGCAGCAAAGCACAGCAUGAUGCUGCCACUCCGGUGCUUCACGGUUGGGAUGGUGUUCUUCGGCUUGAAAGCCAAACAGUUCUAUUUUUGUUUCAUCAGACCAGAGGCCAUUUCUCCAAAAAGUACGAUCUUUGUCCCCAUGUGCAGUUGGAAACCAUAGUCUGGCUUUUUUAUGGUGGUUUUGGAGCAGUGGCUUCUUCCUUGCUGAGCGGACUUUCAGGUUAUGUCAAUAUAGGACUUGUUUUACUGUGGAUAAAGAUACUUUUGUACCUGUUUCCUCCAGCAUCUUCACAAGGUCCUUUGCUGUUGUUCUGGGAUUGAUUUGCACUUUUCGCACCAAAGUACAUUCAUCUCUAGGAGACAGAACGCGUCUCCUUCCUGAGCGGUAUGACGGCUGCGUGGUCCCAUGGUGUUUACACUUUCGUACUAUUGUUUGUACAGAUGAACGUGGUACCUUCAGACGUUUGGAAAUUGCUCCCAAGGAUGUCAUGCACAAAGUAGAUAUUCUAACCGACUUGGCAAAACUAUAGUUUGUUAACAAGAAAUGUGUGGAGUGGUUGAAAAACGAGUUUUAAUGACUCCAACCUAAGUGUAUAUAAACUUCCGACUUCAACUGUAUACUGUAACUAAAGCCUGCCAUCUCUAACCCCAGGACCAUAUAUACUGUAACUAAAGCCUGCCAUCUCUAACCCCAGGACCAUAUAUACUGUAACUAAAGCCUGCCAUCUCUAACCCCAGGACCAUAUAUACUGUAACUAAAGCCUGCCAUCUCUAACCCCAGGACCAUAUAUACUGUAGCUAAAGCCUGCCAUCUCUUACCUGUAGAUUGCAUCUUAAAAUUCAACAUACCUCCUGUGUCAACCCCAGGCUGCAACGCCAAGCUGAAGAACAUAGAGGGUUUGAUCCCCAGUCAGAUGGCCAAGAACAACAACCAGAAGCCAGCCAUGAAGGAGCUGAAGAAGGCUGAGCGUCUGGAGGUGAAGUUCUCCAAGCCCGGCGCCGUCAAUCCCAAUGAGCUGUGGGCGCUCACGCUGCACGACUGGUCCUGCGAGCACGAAGCGUCGCUCCGCACCGCCAUGGAGAUCGCUGAGGAGGCCGUGGGUCCCGUAGAGACGGUUACCCGGGAGACGUUCGUGGCGGUGCUGCAGGAUCACCGGGCGCCAGUGGAUGACGAGAACCUCCAGAAGGUCAUUCUAGAAUAUGAUAGUCAUUCUAGAAUAUGAUAGUCAUUCUAGAAUAUCUAGAGUUGAUGUUUAACUAUAUGUGUAUGAUAUCUGAUCUGUGGGACGUUCGGUUGUGUUCUUCUUUAUGGCUUUAAUGUACAAACCUCAUGGGCAAAACACUACAUUUUCUACAUAGUGACUCUGGUCAAAAGUAGUUCAAUAUAAGGGUGAAUAGGGGGUAAUUUGAGAAGCAGCCAAUUUAGUAUACUGUUUUAGAUUGUGCUCUUAUUCUGCAGUAGGUCCUAGUUGCCAGAAAAAAACACUUCAUGAAUUAAAAUGAAUAUUUGUAUCCAGGUGAUUCUGGAGCACGACAAGAAGCGCGAGGGACUGAUCAACGUGACUGAUUUCUUCAAAGGGGUGCGUUACCUCCAGAAAACCUUCACUCUUCCCUCCUACGAGCCCAAGAAGAAGAAAGCCGGGAAAGGGGAAAGGGGGAAAAAGAAAGGCAAGUUCGUCCUUCCCAUGCCCAUCUGCAUUGUCCCUCCGGAGCUCAUCUGCCGGCGCCAGGACGGCGGCCCGCCACACUUCAUGGUGGAGAGCUACCAGCAGUUCACCGACACCAAGCGGUUCGACCGCGACCACCCGCCUGGCCACCCCAUCGAAGACGACUCAGCGUGGUACGUGGACGAGCCGGAGAAGAUCUAUAUCAACAUCAACUACUGUGUGAAGACCGGGGACCUGGAGUCUCUGAGCCUGGCCUUCAGUCAGGGGGUCCCUGUGGAUGUGAAGGACUGCUACUACAAGACGCCCCUGAUGACCGCCUGCAGGAGCGGGAACUAUGAGGUGGCCCGGUUCCUCAUCAGCCUGGGGUGAGCAAUGAGCAUUAUACCAGGGUUGUGGUCAAUUCCAUUUCAAUUCCAGUCAAUUCAGAAAGUAAUCCAAAUACCAAUUCCACAUUUUCCUAAUUGAAAAGCAUACAAAAUAAUUGGAAUUUGGUUACUUUCUGAAUUGACUGGAAUUGAAAAUGGUAUUGACCCCAAACCCCGGUGAGCAAUGAGCAUUAUACAGCCCUGUAGUAUUGCUGUUCCUCAGUUUCAGUGCUGAGCCUGGUUUAUUCAGUAGUGACCAGGUCUCAGUGCUGAUGCUGGUUUAUUCAGUAGUGAUCAGGUCUCAGUGCUGAUGCUGGUUUAUUCAGUAGUGAUCAGGUCUAUUGUUGAUCAUUAGUCACACAUCAGUGAACCAGCUCUGGACCUCAAGGGGCUUUGACUAAUCAAGUCUAUUGAUCCCUAUUUUGUUAAUGUUAUUCGAUACCUGGCGAUGCAUUUUACUGGUUUAGCGGCUGGUUUAUAGAUCAGUGAUCAGGUGUAUUGAUCCGCUACAGUGCUGAUGUGAACACGUGUGACCAGUUCAGUUGGACACCGCUGCACCACGCCUCCCAUGCAGGCCAGGUGGACAUCGUGGACCUCCUGGUGCAUUCUGGGUCAGUGGUGGACGCCGUGGCCAUGAACGGUGCCACGCCCCUUAUGAGGGCCAUCGAGAGCUGCAGACCGUGCUGUGUGGACUACCUCAUCAAGGCCGGGGCCAGGGUGCAGGCAGAGAACAAGAAAGGUACUAAUACUAUAUCACUACUAAUACUCUGUCUGUAAUACUGCAUGACUACCUCAUCAAGGCCGGGGCCAGGGUGCAGGCAGAGAACAAGAAAGGUACUAAUACUAUAUCACUACUAAUACUCUGUCUGUAAUACUGCAUGACUACCUCAUCAAGGCCGGGGCCAGGGUGCAGGCAGAGAACAAGAAAGGUACUAAUACUAUAUCACUACUAAUACUCUGUCUGUAAUACUGCACGACUACCUCAUCAAGGCCGGGGCCAGGGUGCAGGCAGAGAACAAGAAAGGUACUAAUACUAUAUCACUACUAAUACUCUGUCUGUAAUACUGCAUGACUACCUCAUCAAGGCCGGGGCCAGGGUGCAGGCAGAGAACAAGAAAGGUACUAAUACUAUAUCACUACUAAUACUCUGUCUGUAAUACUGCACGACUACCUCAUCAAGGCCGGGGCCAGGGUGCAGGCAGAGAACCAGAAAGGUACUAAUACUAUAUCACUACUAAUACUCUGUCUGUAAUACUGCACGACUACCUCAUCAAGGCCGGGUCCAGGGUGCAGGCAGAGAACAAGAAAGGUACUAAUACUAUAUCACUACUAAUACUCUGUCUGUAAUACUGCAUGAUUACCUCAUCAAGGCCGGGGCCAGAGUGCAGGCAGAGAACAAGAAAGGUACUAAUACUAUAUCACUACUAAUACUCUGUCUGUAAUACUGCAUGACUACCUCAUCAAGGCCGGGGCCAGGGUGCAGGCAGAGAACAAGAAAGGUACUAAUACUAUAUCACUACUAAUACUCUGUCUGUAAUACUGCAUGAUUACCUCAUCAAGGCCGGGGCCAGAGUGCAGGCAGAGAACAAGAAAGGUACUAAUACUAUAUCACUACUAAUACUCUGUCUGUAAUAAUGCAUGACUACCUCAUCAAGGCCGGGGCCAGGGUGCAGGCAGAGAACAAGAAAGGUACUAAUACUAUAUCACUACUAAUACUCUGUCUGUAAUACUGCAUGACUACCUCAUCAAGGCCGGGGCCAGGGUGCAGGCAGAGAACCAGAAAGGUACUAAUACUAUAUCACUACUAAUACUCUGUCUGUAAUACUGCACGACUACCUCAUCAAGGCCGGGGCCAGGGUGCAGGCAGAGAACCAGAAAGGUACUAAUACUAUAUCACUACUAAUACUCUGUCUGUAAUAAUGCAUGAUUACCUCAUCAAGGCCGGGGCCAGGGUGCAGGCAGAGAACCAGAAAGGUACUACUACUACUGGAUGACUCUUUUAAACGCUAGAUAAGGCUGGUCAAAAGUAGUGCACUAUACACUGAGUGGACAAAACUUUAGGAACACCUGCUAUUUCCAUGACAUAGACUGACCAGGAGAAUCCAGGUGAAAGCUAAUAAUAAUAAUAUAAUAAUAAUAUGCCAUUUACCAGACGCUUUUAUCCAAAGCGACUUACAGUCAUGCAUGCAUACAUUUUUUGUGUAUGGGUGGUCCCGGGGAUCGAACCCACUACCCUGGCGUUAAACUUGGCAAAAAACACACACAUUUCUAUCCACAGGACCGUGGGGUGAGACAGGGAUGCAGUUUAAGCCCCACCCUCUUCAACAUAUAUAUCAACGAAUUGGCGAGGGCACUAGAACAGUCUGCAGCACCCGGCCUCACCCUACUAUAAUAUGCCAUUUAGCAGACGCUUUUAUCCAAAGCGACGUACAGUCAUGCGUGCAUAAAUUUUUUGUAUAUACAUUUACAUUUUACAUUUUAGUCAUUUAGCAGACGCUCUUAUCCAGAGCGACUUACAGGAGCAAUUAGGGUUAAGUGCCUUGCUUAAGGGCACAUCGACAGAUUUUUCACCUAGUCGGCUCGGGGAUUAGAACCAGCAACCUUUCGGUUACUGGCACAACGCUCUUACCCACUAAGCUACCUGCCGCCCAUAUAUGGGUGGUCCCGGGGAUCGAACCCACUACCCUGUCGUUACAAGCGCCAUGCUCUACCAAUUGAGCUACAGAGGACCACAAAGCUAUGAUCCCUCACUUGUUAAAUCCCCUUUAAUCAGUGGAGAUGAAGGGGAGGAGACAUGGAUUGUGUAUGUGUGCCAUUCAGAGGGUGAAUGGGCAAGACAAAAUAUUUAAGUGCCUUUGAACGGGGUAUGGUAGUAGGUGCCAGGCACACAGGUUUGAGUGUGUCAAGAACUGCAUCGCUGCUGUGUUUCUCACGCUCAACAUUUUCCUGUGUGUAUCAAGAAUGGUCCACCACCCAAAGGACAUCCAGCCAACUUGACACAACUGUGGGUAGCAUUGGAGUCAACAUGGGCCAGCAUCCCUGUGGAACACUUUCGACACCUUGUAGAGUCCAUGCCCUGACGAAUUGAGGCUCUUCUGAGGGCAAAAGGGGAUGCAACUCAAUAUUAGAAAGGUGUUCCUAAUGUUUUGAAUACUCAACAUAUAGGGAAUAGGGUGCCAUCAUGUUAUCAAUCGGCCAGCAGAUGGCCCUGUUUCCCUUGUUGUGAUGUAUUCCUCUAAUGUCCCUCCACCCCCUCCAGCCCAGUUCACAGUUUCUGGCUCCUCACUCACCCGUGAAAUUAAAAUGUGAUCCGAUAACAGGUCUGUCAUCCCCAAAUCCCUGUAGCAACUGUGGACAGGUGGAGAGAAAGGUGCAGAUUAGAGGACUACUGUUAUGUAUGAAAGGUGCAGGGUAGAGGACUACUGUUAUGUAUGAAAGGUGCAGGGUAGAGGACUACUGUUAUGUAUGAAAGGUGCAGGGUGGAGGACUACUGUUAUGUAUGAAAGGUGCAGGGUAGAGGACUACUGUUAUGUAUGAAAGGUGCAGGGUAGAGGACUACUGUUAUGUAUGAAAGGUGCAGGGUGGAGGACUACUGUUAUGUAUGAAAGGUGCAGGGUGGAGGACUACUGUUAUGUAUGAAAGGUGCAGGAUAUGUAUCUAUGUAUCACUGGUUUAGCUUUUAAUAUAUACUGAACAGAAAUAUGAACGCAACAUGUAAAGUGUUGGUCCCAUGUUUAAUGAGCUGAAAUAAAAGAUCCCAGAAAUUUCCCAUACGCACAAAAAUCAUAUUAUUCUCAAAUUCUGUGCACAAAUUUGUUUACAUUCCUGUUAGUGAGCAUUUCUCCUUUGCCAAGAUAAUCCAUCCACCUGACAGGUGUGGCAUAUCAAGAAGCUGAUUAAACAGCAUGAUCAUUACACAGGUGCACCUUGUGCUGGGGACAAUAAAAGGCCCCUCUAAAAUGUGCAGUUUAGUCACACAACACAAUGCCACAGAUGUCUCAAGUUUUGAAGGAGCGUGCAAUUGGCAUGCUGACUGCAGGAAUGUCCACCAGAGCUGUUGCCAGAUAAUUGAAUGUUCAUUUCUCUACCAUAAGCUGCCUCCAACGUCGUUUUAGAGAAUUUGGUAGUACAUCCAAACGGCCUCACAACCGCAGACCACGUGUAACCACGCCAGCCAAGGACCUCCACUGAGACCAGCCACCCGGACACCUGAUGAAACUGAGGAGUAUUUUUGUCUGUAAUAAGCCCUCUUGUGGGGAAAACUCAGUCUGAUUGGCUGGGCCUGGCUCCCAAGUGGGUGGGCUUAUGCCCGCCCAGGCCCACCCAUGGCUGCGCCCCUGCCCAGUCAUGCGAAAUCCAUAGAUUAGGGCCUAAUUAAUGUAUUUCAGUUGACUGAUUUCCCUAUAUGAACUGAAAUUGUUGCGUGUUGCAUUUAUAUUUUUGUUCAGUAUAAUAGUAUAGGCCAUUUAGCAGAUGCUUUUAUCCAAAUUGACUUUGUCAUGUGUGAAUACAUUUUUUACACAUGGGUGGUCCUGGGAAUUGAACUCACUGUCCUGGCAUUGCAAGCGCCAUGCUGAGCUACAUAGGACCACUGUGUACCUACAGUAUGUAUAACUGCUUUAGCUACUGUUAUGUUACCCGGAAGGUACAGUAUAUGGUUGGCUGGAAUCCUCCUGAUUCCUGCUUACAAGCAAAAACUAAAGCAGGAAGCAACAGUGACUUGGUCAAUAAAAAAGUGGUCAGAUGAAGCAGAUGCUAAGCUACAGGACUGUUUUGCUAGCACAGACUGGAAUAUGUUCCGGGAUUCUUCCAAUGGCAUUGAGGAGUACACCACAUCAGUCACACACUUCAUCAAUAAGUGCAUCGAUGACGUUGUCCCCACAGUGACUGUACGUACGUACCCCAACCAGAAGCCAUGGAUACAGGCAACAUCCGCACUGAGAUAAAGGGUAGAGCUCCACUUUCAAGGAGCAGGACUCUAACCCGGAAGUUUAUAAGAAAUCCCGAGAUGCCCUCAGACGAACCAUCAAACAGGCAAAGCGUCAAUACAGGACUAAGAUUGCUCCGACGCUCAUCGCAUGUGGCAGGGCUUGCAAACUAUUACAGACUACAAAGGGAAGCACAGCCGCGAGCUGCCCAGUGACACGAGCCUACCAGAUGAGCUAAAUUACUUCUAUGCACACUUUGAGGCAAGUAACACUGAAACAUGCAUGAGAGCAUCAGCUGUUCCGGAUGACUGUGUGAUCUCGCUCUACGUAGCCAAUGUGAGUAAGACCUUUAAACAGGUCAACAUUCACAAGGCCGCAGGGCCAGAUGGAUUACCAGGACGUGUACUCCGAGCAUGCGCUGACCAACUGGCAAGUGUCUUCACUGACAUUUUCAACCUCUCCCUGUCUGAGUCUGUAAUACCAACAUGUUUCAAGCAGACCACCAUAGUCCCUGUGCCCAAGGACACUAAGAUAACCUGCCUAAAUGACUACCGACCCAUAGCACUGACAUCUGUAGCCAUGCGUUUUUUGAAAGGCUGGUCAUGGCUCACAUCAACACCAUUAUCCCAGAAACCCUAGACCCACUCCAAUUUGCAUAUCGCCCCAACAGAUCCACAGAUGAUGGAAUCUCUAUUGCGCUCCACACUGCCCUUUCACACCUGGACAAAAGGAACACCUAUGUGAGAAUGCUAUUAAUUGACUACAGCUCAACGUUCAACACAAUAGUGCCCUCAAAGCUCAUCACUAAGCUAAGGACCCUGGGACUAAACACCUCCCUCUGCAACUGGAUCCUGGACUUCCUGACGGGCCGCCCCCAGGUGGUAAGGGUAGGUAACAUCACAUCCGCCAUUAUGACCCUCAACACGGGGGCCCCUCAGGGGUGUGUGCUCAGUCACCUCCUGUACUCCCUGUUCACUCAUGACUGCAUGGCCAGGCACGACUCCAACACCAUCAUUAAGUUUGCUGAUGACACAACAGUGGUAGGCCUGAUCACCAACAACGACGAGACAGCCUAUAGGGAGGAGGUCAGAGACCUGGCCGUGUGGUGCCAGGACAACAACCUCUCCCUCAACGUGAUCAAGACAAAGGAGAUGAUUGUGGACUACAGGAAAAAGAAGAGGACCGAGAACGCCCCCAUUCUCAUUGACGGGGCUGUAGUGGAGCAGGUUGAGAGCUUCAAGUUCCUUGGUGUCCACAUCACCAACAAACUAACAUGAUCCAAGCACACCAAGACAGUUGUGAAGAGGGCACGACAAAACCUAUUCCCCCUAAGGAGACUGAAAAGAUUUGGCAUGGGUCCUCAGAUCCUCAAAAGGUUCUACAGCUGCACCUUCGAGAGCAUCCUGACUGGUUGCAUCACUGCCUGGUAUGGCAACUUCUCGGCAACCGACCGCAAGGCACUACAGAGGGCAGUACAUCACUGAGGCCAAGCUUCCUGCCAUCCAGGACCUCUAUACCAGGCGGAAGGCCCUAAAAAUGGUCAAACACUCCAGGCACCCUAGUCAUAGACUGUUCUCUCUGCUACCGCAUGGCAAGCGGUACCGGAGCGCCAAGUCUAGAUCCAAGAGGCUUCUAAACAGCUUCUACCCCCAAGCCAUAAGACUCCUGAACAUCUAAUCAAAUGGCUACCCGGACUAUUUGCAUUGCCCCCCCCCCCCCCCUUAUUUUACACUGCUGCUACUCUCUGUUCAUUAUCUAUGCAUAAUUACUUUAAUAACUCUGUAGCUCAGCUGGUAGAGCACGGCGCUUGUAACGCCAAGGUAGUGGGUUCGAUCCCCGGGACCACCCAUACACAAAAAUGUAUGCACGCAUGACUGUAAGUCGCUUUGGAUAAAAGCGUCUGCUAAAUGGCAUAUUAUUACCUACAUGUACAUAUUACCUCAACUAACCGGUGCCCCCGCACAUUGACUCGGUACCGGUUCCCCCAGUAUAUAGCCUCGCUAUUGUUAUUUUUACUGCUGGUAUUUAAUUAUUACUUUAAUUUGGUAUUAUUUUAUAUUGUAUUGUAUUGUUUUGUGAUUUUUUGCGGGGGGGGGGGGGGGGGGGGCUAUUCUUUCUUAAAACUGCAUUGUUGGUUAAGGGCUUGUAAGUAAGCAUUUCACUGUAAGGUCUACACCUGUUGUAUUUGGCGCAUGUGACAAAAUAAAAUUUGAUUUGAAUUUGAUGGUUUCAAUUAAAAAUGCUGUGGUCUCAUUUCAGAGAAGAAUUGUCUGGACAUUGCCAGAGCAUAUGGAGACAUCAGGAUAAGGGAUCUGGUCCAGGACAAGUUUGACAGCCUCCCCAAGUCCAAGGAGGGGAAGGGGAAAGGAGGAGCCAAACCCAAACCAGCCAAUCAAGCAGCUCCUAAAGUAAAUAACUACCUGGUUGUGGGAUUAUGUUAUUUCCUCUUCAUGGUUAAAAACGUACUGCAGUCUAGUGUUAUGUGUCUUGUGUAUAUACACUGAGUGGAAAAAACAAACAUUUAAGAACACCUGCUCUUUCCAUGACAUAGACUGACCAGGUGAAUGCAGGUGAAAGAUAUGAUCCCUUAUUGAUGUCACUUGUUAAAUACACUUCAAUCAGUUUAGAUGAAGGGGAGGAGACAUGUUAAAGAAGGAUUUUUAAGCCUUGAGGCAAUUGAGACAUGGAUUGUGUAUGUGUGCCAUUCAGAGGGUGAAUGGGCAAGACAAAAUAUUUAAGUGCCUUUGAACGGGGUAUGGUAGUAGGUGCCAGGCGCACCAGUUUGUGUCAAGAACUGCAACGCUGCUGGGUUUUUCACGCUCAACAGUUCCCUGUGUGUAUCAAGAAUGGUCCACCACCCAAAGGACAUCCAGCCAACUUGACACAACAGUGGGAAGCAUUGGAGUCAACAUUGGCCAGCAUCCCUGUGGAACGCUUUCGACACCUUGUGGAGUCUAUGGCCCGAUGAAUUGAGGCUGUUCUGAGGGAAGAUGUUCCUUAUGUUUGGUAUACUCAGUGUGUUUUUUAAAUGUAUGACAUAUGCUUCAAUAUGUAUGUUAUUAUUGAUAUGUAGUGUUUGAUUUGAUGUGUGUAUCUGCCUGUGCAUGUGUGUCUUUGUAUGUCUGUGUGUAUCGUGUGUGUGUGUGUCCGUCUGUCCGUCCCCAUCCAGUCUGACUCUCUGUCGGCGACCACCUCUGAGACGGCGGUGAGGAAGUUUUCUCUGAAGGACAACAUCAUCUUCCUCAACACCCAGAUCACCAGCGGAGCCACCAACCUCCUCGACAUCAGCUUUGUGCCAAAAACA